CGGACCAUGGUGCAGCAGGCCGAGAGCUCGGAAGCUGAGAGCAACCUGCCCCGGGACGCGCUGGACACCGAGGAGGGCGAGUUCAUGGCGUGCAGCCCGGUGGCCCUGGACGAGAGCGACCCGGACUGGUGCAAGACGGCGUCGGGCCACAUCAAGCGGCCGAUGAACGCCUUCAUGGUGUGGUCCAAGAUCGAGCGCAGGAAGAUCAUGGAGCAGUCGCCCGACAUGCACAACGCCGAGAUCUCCAAGAGGCUGGGCAAGCGCUGGAAGAUGCUGAAGGACAGCGAGAAGAUCCCGUUCAUCCGGGAGGCGGAGCGCCUGCGCCUCAAGCACAUGGCUGACUACCCCGACUACAAGUACCGGCCGCGCAAAAAGCCCAAGACGGACCCGGCGGCCAAGCCCAGCGCGGGCCAGAGCCCCGACAAGAGCGCAGCGGGCGCCAAGGCGGCCAAGGGCCCAGGCAAGAAGUGCGCCAAGCUGAAGGCGCCGGCGGGCAAGGCGGGCGCGGGCAAAGCGGUGCAGCCCGGAGACUGCGGCGCGGGCAAGGCGGCUAAGUGCGUCUUCCUGGACGACGACGACGAAGACGACGACGAGGACGACGAGCUGCAGCUGCGGCCCAAGCCGGACGCGGACGACGACGACGACGAGCCCGCGCACUCGCACCUGCUGCCGCCGCCGGCGCAGCAGCAGCCACCGCAGCUGCUGAGGCGCUACAGCGUGGCCAAGGUCCCCGCCAGCCCCACGCUCAGCAGCGCGGCCGAGUCCCCCGAGGGCGCCAGCCUGUACGACGAGGUGCGCGCGGGCGGCCGGCUGUACUACAGCUUCAAGAACAUCACCAAGCAGCAGCCUCCGCCCGCGCCUCCCGCGCUGUCGCCCGCGUCCUCGCGCUGCGUGUCCACCUCCUCCUCCAGCGGCAGCAGCAGCGGCAGCGGCGCCGAGGACGCCGACGACCUCAUGUUCGACCUGAGCUUGAAUUUCUCCCAGGGCGCGCACAGCGCCUGCGAGCAGCCUCUGGGCGCGGGCGCGGCGGGUAACCUGUCCCUGUCGCUGGUGGAUAAGGACCUGGAUUCCUUCAGCGAGGGCAGCCUGGGCUCCCACUUCGAGUUCCCCGACUACUGCACGCCGGAGCUGAGCGAGAUGAUCGCGGGGGACUGGCUGGAGGCGAACUUCUCCGACCUGGUGUUCACGUAUUGAAGGGGCACAGGGCUCCUCGGG